GAAUCCUGGUGGCUUUACAAGAAAAGGGAGAGACCAGAGGAGCCAUACACAAGUGCACUCCCUGUGUCUUGCUGCCACAGGAUACCCUGCUCCACUUCAGGAUUGUCAAACAGAAGGCCACCACUUAAUGUGGCCCCUAGGCCUUGCUCCUUCAGGACUACCUGAGAAGAAGCUUCCGGGCCAGCCACCUAGUUUUGCCUGUGUUACAGUGAAGAGGAUCUGCUUAGGAGAUGAAGCUCUUGAACUGGUUGAUAGAGAUACUGAUAAUUCUUGGGGUCACAAUUAAAAGUGUUGAAGCAGAAAAACAUACUAAAAGACAAAAAGAAACAAAUGUCACCACACAGGCAUCAGCGAAUGAAGACAAACAAUUUUUAUCACAAAUACUGGAACAAAGAAAAUCGAGUGAAGUAAUCAAUACAAGAGAAAAUCUCUUAGAAAGAAAGAAGCAAAGCAAAUUAAAAAUACAAGGAAUUGAAAAUAGAGAUCUCCCAAAGAGAAAUACGAAUCAUUUGAAAGAGCAAGUAAAGAAAAAUUUCACAGAUGAAAGAGAUGAGCUAUUUAAGAUGGGCAUGAAGAUUCUCCAGGAGUCUAAAAGCCAAAAACAAAAAGCAGAAGCCUACAUGCUUUUUGCCAAAACAACUGAUAUGGGAAAUUUGAAAGCUAUGGAGAAGAUGGCUGACGCUUUGCUAUUUGGAAAUUUUGGCCUGCAAAACAUAACAGCAGCUAUCCAAUUAUAUGAGUUCUUGGCUAAGGAAGGAUCAUAUAAAGCCCAAAACGCAUUAGGAUUUUUGUCUUCUUAUGGAAUAGGAAUGGAGUAUGAUCAAGCCAAGGCACUGAUAUAUUAUACCUUUGGAAGUGCUGGAGGAAGUAUGAUGUCCCAGAUGAUUUUGGGGUACAGAUAUUUUUCAGGAAUCAACGUUCUACAGGAUUGUGAAAUUGCCCUAAAUCACUACAAGAAAGUGGCAGAUUAUAUUGCAGACAAAUUGGAAAAAAAUGAAGGCAUUCCAGUGGGAAAAGUGAGACUAACUGAGAGACUUGAAAAUUUGAGUUCUAACAGUGAGAUCUUGGAUUGGGACAUAUACCAAUACUAUAAAUUUUUGGCAGAAAGAGGAGAUGUUCAGAUACAAGUAUCUCUUGGACAGUUACAUCUGAUUGGGAGGAAAGGUGUAGAUCAGGAUUACUAUAAAGCAUUAUACUACUUUUUAAAGGCAGCAAAAGCGGGGAGUGCAAAUGCCAUGGCAUUUAUAGGAAAGAUGUAUUUAGAGGGGAAUGCUGCUGCACCACAAAAUAAUGCUACUGCCUUCAAAUACUUUUCCAUGGCAGCCAAUAAGGGCAAUGCAAUUGGUCUUCAUGGACUUGGACUCCUUUACUUUUAUGGAAAAGGAGUUCCAGUGAAUUAUGCUGAAGCACUUAAGUACUUUCAGAAAGCUGCAGAGAAAGGAUGGCCCAAUGCACAGUUCCAGCUCGGCUUCAUGUACUACUCUGGCUCUGGAGUUUGGAAAGAUUAUAAACUUGGCUUCAAAUAUUUUUACUUGGCAUCUCAGAGUGGGCAGCCCCUCGCCAUUUAUUAUCUGGCUGAGAUGUAUGCAACAGGCACAGGGUUAUCAAGAUCAUGCACAGCUGCUGUGGCGAAAAGGCUAAAAUUCUUCAAAAAGAGAAGAUGUAUCCAAUGGCACUACUCUUAUGGAAUCGAGCUGCUGUUCAAGGACAUUCACUUGGCCAGGAGAUUAUAUGACAUGGCUGCUCAAACAAGUCCAGAUGCUAAUGUACCUGUAUUCCUUGCCCUCAUGAAACUGGAAACUAUGCAUUUGCUCAGAGAUAUCCUGUUUUUAAAUUUUACAACAAUAUGGAAAUGGAUGAAAUUGGAAAGCACCCUUGGUCCAUACUGGGAUUUAUUUGUGAUUGGCCUAAUUAUUGCCGUGCUGAUCUUUCUCCUUAAAAAUCGCCAUAGAUAGGAUAUGGAUCACCAGAAAAUCUGCUCAUGGAUUCAUGUCAAGCUAACUUCAUUGAAUAAAGAAUUUCCUCAGCCAUAUCAAGAGCUUGCUGCAGAUUUUCCACUUGGGCCUGUAAUGGAAAGUAGGCAAAGAUUGAGACCUGUCCUUUUAAAACAACUUCACACUUCUUCCUUAAUUAAUGGGGCCAUAUAGGAGAGGCUGGGGACUGGUCACCUAAAACUUUGUUAAGAGCUUCUCACCAUGGUGAUCUUGUCCUGAGUUAACAAAGGUGGCUUCUCACAAAAAUGCCCUCUUCUUUCAAGAAAACAAGCUGGGUUUUUUGGCUCCUACAGACAUACUGAACUGAGAAGAAGGGGAAAUUUGGGGAAGGCAGGAAUACAGACCCCUUAGAAGAUCAUAAAUUCAAAAAUUUCAAAGAGACUUAGCACAAACAGAUCUUGUAGGAAAGAUCCUUCGACCCACUGCACCCUUAAUGACCAACAACAUGCCAUGCCUGGAAAUGAAGGAAUAGGAAUGACCCAGGAUCCUCACCAAGGAUGACCUUUCUACCAAAGCUCUUUUAGUUCUUAGGUACUUAAAAAAAGCCAUUUGGGGUCUGUAAAGUAUUGUAACCCCUCCUCAUCCUUCACUGGAAGCCUGAACUCACUGGGGAAUCCCCCUUGGAACACACAGAGAGAGGGAGAUGAUACCAGCCUCCUAGGACAGAAGAUGACAAGUUUAGAUUCUCUGGUUCCCCUGACAGCCAAAUCAGAGGCUGGGGCUUAGGGGUGGGAUUGAUGGGCAAAGGGAAUGCAAGAGGUCCAUGACUUAUGUUAAGAGCCAGGCUUGGAUCCCAGCUCCACAGCUCUCUAGCUAUUUGACCUCUCCAAACUCGAUUUCUUGAUCUGCAGAACUGGAAGCACAAUACCUAUCAGAGAGCUGGUAGGAAGAUUAAAUAAUGUCU